UUUACUUGUGUGAGGAUAACUUAAAUAUUAUAACAAUGAAAGUUGCUAUUGUCUUCGUCUGUUUUGUUGGGAUUGUGUAUGCUGCUCCUCAAGGACCAGUCACAGAACCCAUUCCAAUAUUAAGACAAGAGCAGCAGGUGAACCCUGAUGGUUCCUACCAAUACAGCUAUGAAACGGGAAAUGGAAUUUCCGCCGAAGAACAAGGGUUUCUGAAAAAUGCAGGACAACCUGAAGUAGAAGCUCAAGUUGCUCAAGGUCGUUUUAGUUACACAUCACCAGAAGGGCAAGCUAUCGAAUUAUCCUAUAUCGCUGAUGAAAAUGGAUUUCAACCACAAGGAGCUCAUUUACCAACUCCACCACCAAUUCCAGCAGCAAUUCUGCGUGCUUUAGAAUUUUUAGCUACUCUUCCUCAGUCACAGGAAGAUCAAAAGCGGUAGAAAAUAUAAAAUAAAUUUUCAUAUUAAAAUGACUGUUAUUUAUAUUUACUGUACAAUACUUAAAUUUUU